GCCAGGAUGUACCUGGAUGAGCUGGAUGAUGAUUCAGAGGCGGGUUCUGCUGAGUCCUACACCAGUCGUCCAUCUGACUCUGAUGUGUCACUAGAGGAAGAUCGUGAGGCCCUGCGCAAGGAAGCCGAACGCCAGGCCCUGGCACAGCUGGAGAAAGCCAAGACCAAGCCGGUGGCAUUUGCUGUGAGGACAAAUGUUGGCUAUAAUCCUUCCCCCAAUGAUGAUGUGCCAGUCCAAGGCAUGUCUAUUUCCUUUGAACCCAAAGACUUCCUUCAUAUCAAAGAGAAAUACAACAAUGAUUGGUGGAUCGGACGACUGGUCAAAGAAGGCUGUGAGGUUGGCUUCAUCCCUAGCCCCGUCAAGCUGGAAAACAUGAGGAUGCUACAGGAGCAAAAGAUGAGGCAACACCGGCUCAGCUCCAGUAAAUCGGGAGAUAAUUCCACCUCCAGCCUGGGAGAUGUGGUGACAGGCCCCCGGAGACCCACCCCACCUGCCAGUGCCAAGCAGAAGCAAAAAUCGGCAGAGCAUGUGCCACCAUACGAUGUGGUCCCUUCCAUGCGGCCAGUCAUUCUUGUAGGCCCGUCCUUGAAGGGGUAUGAGGUGACAGACAUGAUGCAGAAGGCUUUAUUCGAUUUCCUGAAGCGGCGAUUUGAUGGCAGAAUAUCCAUCACACGUGUGACAGCUGAUAUCUCCUUGGCCAAGCGCUCGGUCCUCAACAACCCCAGCAAACACACCAUCAUUGAGCGCUCCAGCACCCGUUCUAGCCUGGCGGAAGUGCAGAGCGAGAUAGAGCGCAUCUUUGAGCUGGCCCGCACACUGCAGCUGGUGGCCCUGGAUGCCGAUACCAUCAACCACCCGGCUCAACUCUCCAAGACCUCACUGGCCCCAAUCAUUGUCUACAUCAAGAUAUCUUCCCCCAAGGUGCUGCAGAGAUUGGUGAAAUCUAGAGGAAAAUCUCAGGCCAAGCACUUGAAUGUGCAGAUGGUGGCAUCAGACAAGCUGGCCCAGUGCCCCCCAGAGAUGUUUGACAUCAUCCUGGAUGAAAACCAGUUGGAAGAUGCAUGCGAGCACCUGUCUGAGUACCUGGAAGCCUAUUGGAAGGCCACACAUCCUCCCAGCAGCAACCCACCCAAUCCCCUGCUGACCCGCACUAUGGCAACUGCUGCCCUGGCUGCCAGCCCUGCCCCAGUCUCCAACCUCCAGGGACCCUACUUAGUGCAUGGGGAGGAGCCUCACGACGCCGAGCGUGCCGGCCUGCACGACUACGCGGGGCGGCCGGCUGGGCGCAGCCAGAUCUGCUCCCUGCAGCCGCCCUCGCACUUUGCUGCCCGGGGCCUUUCCCGCCAGGACACCUUUGAUUCGGAGAUGCAGGGCGGCCGCGAUUCUGCUUACACCGAUCCAGCGGAUUCCUGCAUGGACAUCGAGACCGACCCCUACGAGGAGCCCGAGCCUCGUCACCCGCAAUGCCUGGGCCACCGCCCGCUGCAGUGCCAGGGCUCCUGGGAGGCCGAGGAGCCCGUGCUUCAUCGCGCCCAGUGCCGGGGCCACCGCCACUCCCGCCCCCAGAGCCAGGGCUCCUGGGAGGGCGAGGAGCCCGACCGACCAAACAACCGGCCUCUGCGUGGGCGUGCCAAGGGGCGGGAGCAGUAUGGCCCCAACGAGGAGGAAGCCCUGGGCCACAACCAUAAUGACAUGGAGGACUGGGGCCGUGAUGCCUACAUCCGCUGA